AUGGGUUACGCAUUGACGGAGGCUACAUUUAACUACUAUCACGGAGAAAUCAGAAGAAUAGACAUUGAGGCUUCAAAUUGGAUAGACAACAUACCUAGGGAGAAGUGGGUUAGAGCAUUUGACAGAGGGAAACGUUGGGCACAUAUGACAUCUAACUUGGCAGAGGCCAUGAACUUUGUAUUAAAGGCAACCAAAAACCUUCCAAUCACUGCUUCGGUUCAAUCUACAUACUAUUAA